AUGGCUGAACCGCCGCAGUCCACAGAUCCCAGGCCGCAAGCGACAACUUCUAUACCUGCAUCCUCGGGCCAAAAGCCACCUGAAGCAGCUAUCGAAGAGGAUUCAGAUCCCGACUUUGACGACCUCGACGAUGUUCUCGAUCAAUUCUCCGCCGCUACCUCCCAACAACAGUCUAAAUCUCAGCCGUCAGAACCCGCACCUGCGUCCUCUGGGCCAGGCAGACCGUCAACCGAGACAUCAGCCCUCCCCCCAGACCUGCCCAUUCCCUCCGGCCCCCAUGCCUCGGAGACGGAAGACGAAUUCAUGGCCCGGCUCACGGCUGAAAUGUCCGACGUCAUGUCCAAGAUGUCGCUUGACCCCGCGGCCAAUGCCGCAACACCGGAGGAUCUCUCCAAGAUGGGACGGGAAUUGGAGGAAUUCACGCAGAAAAUGGAGGCCGAGGGCAUCAAGCCCGAGGAUCUCCUGAAGGCCAUCCUAGGGGAGGACGUCGGUGAGAAAGUCGGGGACAUGGCACACGCCGAAGCGACGAGGAGGGAGAGCGACUCCAAAUCCAAGUCCAAGUCCAAAUCUAAAUCGCGCAGCCCCGAAGCCUCACGGGAUAUAACCGCAUCCUCUUCAGCAACAGCAGCACGAUCGGCAUCCUCAACCAAACAACCCAGCGCCGCCAAGCAGCCCUCAACCUCAUUUGAGGACACGAUCCGCAAGACGAUGGCGCGGAUGGAAUCAUCCUCGGCGGCGGCGACGUCGGCGACCGCAAUAUCGUCGCAGAAGUCGGAAGAGGACAUGCUGGCGGAGAUGCUGCGGGCGCUCGAGGCCGAGUCCGGGUCACAGUCGGACAGCGAGCUGUCCAAGAUGUUCCUGGGCAUGAUGGAGCAGCUGACCAACAAGGACAUGCUGUACGAGCCGAUGAAAGAACUGGCUGGGAAGUUCCCGGACUACCUAGCGUCGAACCCGCCGCCGCGUCUGGCGCCGGCCGAGCACGCGCGCUUCUCGCGCCAGAGCGUCAUCGUGGCCGCCAUCGUGGCCAAGUUCGAGGAGCCCGGCUACAGCGACGACGACCCCGCGUGCCGCGAGUUCAUCUGGGAGCGGAUGCAGGAGAUGCAGAACGAGGGCGCCCCGCCCGAGGCCCUGGUCAACAAUCCCUUGCCGGGCAUGGGCGGGCUGUUGGGAGGCGAGGGCGUGGAAGGCCUGGACGAGAGUUGUCCGACGCAGUGA